AUGUCCCGGGCUGCAUUUCCACGAAUGCCGGAAGGAUACCAGGAUAAGGAGCGAUCACAGCUUGUCUUCACGCACCUUCUAUCUCAGCGUUACGUCUUAUCUAACCCGGUGGAAGAUCUCAUCUCUUUGUCCGAAUAUACCGCGUCAAUAAUUGCCGGCUACAAUGCGAAAAUAAGGUCGAGCUUCGGAAAACAAGAAGUGCAUGAGAACGAAAUGUGGAGGUUCACCAGCUGCUUGAAGAAGCUGGCUGGCGCACCAGUCAACAGCCCUAUGCAUCAACUGACUGAGGAAGAGUUGAUGGGGGCGUUCCUGUCCUGUUUUGAUUUGAACAGUAAGCAAUACGGUCCCUCGGCACUGGAAACGAUCUAUUUGCAGAACGGAAAACGAUUAGGAGUCCUAGCCGCUGCCGCAGAGGCUGAUAUCAUACUUUCUGACGGCGAUAUCGAAUCCGAAACGAUGAGAGUCAAAAGCGAAAGGACAAUCGGGGACGUAGAAUUCCUGGAGAGUCUGCUCAGACGCCCAUCCGAAUAUAAGGCUGAAUUCGGUCUGCGCAAGUUGGCAACAGAUCCUGAGAUCAAUCACAUUCCCUUUGACUUUUGGGAUCUAGUUCGACACGUGCUGGGGUACGAAGACGGGUCAGUAUCUCCCGCCGAAUUCUUCGCCAGAGAGGAGCGAAUGGAGAGGUAA